ACGUGCCAAAAGGCAAAUCUAAUCUCACGCGCGCACUACUCAGCCCACAGAGAGACGAAUCCGGUGCGAGCGCGACCCGAAAUAUGAGUGGAAGCGAAGGCGGCUCAGAUCAUUCCGCCACCGGGAGCGGAGGAGAAGCGCCGACGGCGGAGAAGAAGAAGGACAAGGCCAGAGUGAACCGCACGUCGCUCAUACUGUGGCACGCCCACCAGAACGACCUGUCGGCCGUGAGGAAGCUCCUCGAGGAAGAUAAGACGCUGGUGCAAGCUAUAGAUUAUGAUAAACGGACUCCGCUCCAUGUCGCUGCUCUCCACGGUUGGAUCGAUGUCGCCAAGUGCUUGAUCGAGUACGGAGCUGACGUCAACGCGCAAGAUCGAUGGAAAAAUACGCCUCUAGCUGAUGCUGAAGGAGCUAAGAAACACAACAUGAUUGAAUUAUUGAAGUCGUAUGGUGGUCUAUCUUAUGGGCAAAAUGGAAGUCAUUUUGAACCAAGGCCUGUUCCACCACCUCUGCCAAAUAAGUGUGACUGGGAAGUUGAACCUACUGAAUUGGACUUCUCAAACUCAAUUAUUAUUGGGAAGGGCUCCUUUGGUGAGAUAGUGAAAGCUUCUUGGCGUGGAACACCUGUUGCUAUCAAACGCAUCCUUCCGAAUCUUUCAGAUGACCGCUUGGUGAUUCAGGAUUUCAGGCAUGAGGUAAAUUUGUUGGUGAAGCUUCGACAUCCAAAUAUAGUGCAAUUUCUUGGUGCAGUUACUGACAAAAAGCCCUUGAUGUUAAUUACUGAAUAUUUAAGGGGGGGUGAUCUUCAUCAGUAUCUGAAGGAUAAAGGUGCACUCAGCCCAUCGAUGGCGAUCAAUUUGGCAAUGGACAUUGCUAGAGGCAUGGCUUAUCUUCACAAUGAGCCAAAUGUUAUAAUUCACAGGGAUCUAAAACCAAGGAAUGUUCUUCUCGUCAACUCCAGUGCAGAUCAUCUGAAAGUUGGAGACUUUGGAUUAAGCAAGCUCAUUAGGGUUCAAAAUUCUCAUGAUGUAUAUAAAAUGACAGGAGAAACUGGAAGCUAUCGAUAUAUGGCCCCUGAAGUUUUCAAGCACCGGAAAUAUGACAAAAAGGUUGAUGUUUACUCCUUCGCAAUGAUACUAUAUGAGAUGCUAGAAGGGGAUCCACCAUUGUCAGGCCAUCAACCGUAUGAAGCAGCUAAACAUGCAGCCGAAGGACAGAGACCUAUAUUCAGGGCAAAAGGAUUUAUCCCCGAAUUGAAAGAGUUAGUUGAGCAGUGCUGGGCAGCAGACAUGAACAAGAGGCCUUCUUUCCUGGAGAUUCUGAAACGACUUGAAAAGAUCAAGGAAAUUCUACCAUCAGAGCAUCAUUGGAGCAUCUUUACAACGAGCUAAGAACUCGCCAGAUAAUGAAUUUUGUUUCCAGCAAUAUAUCUUUCUCCGAACGUUCAACAUUCAAUUGUGCAGAACUACUUGUGUGUAGACAAGCCCAUUCAAGUUUGGAAAAUGUGUUGCCUGUAUGUAAUUCUGUGGUAUUCUUCAAAUUGCAAAACUCUCAUAGUCCAUAAUGACUGCUUAGUUCUUGAUGUGAUAUUAGGACCUGCUCAAAUUUCUAUCUUCCCAUAUUCUUACUUUUGCCAUUGUAAUCAAAGUACUCAUAAUGAAUUAAAUUUCCAAGACAAUUUUCUUCUUCCAAA